AUGGCAGACGAUCUUCCACUUCCUCAGCUUCGAUCGGAUCCUACUACUGAGUCAUUUACCAAGAAUGCCGCUCGAAAACGCGCGCGUCUCAGCAGUCCUCCCGUGUCCAGCGAUCCCGCCCUGUUCUCGAGCGAUGAUGAUCCAUCUGCAGACAAUUAUACACAAGAGCGGAGGAAGAAGAAGUAUAGAGGCCCAUGGUAUCACCAAAGACCGGCUUCGGAUGCGGGCCAGGACUCUGAAGAUGCUCCCGAGAAGAAGAGGAGGACCUUUGAAAGACAAUUCGACAGUGGGGUGUUCAUGGGCAGUGAUGGCACAGAUGUAGACGAAGUGCUGGAGGAGCUCGAGUCUAGGAAUGCUUCUACGUUACCGUUGCCCCUGAGUCAUUCGCAUAGAACUCAAGCCGGGCAUCGGGUGGCAACCACAGAGGAAGUUGUGAAAAGUCAAAUUCACGGGUGUUUGGAGGAGGGCAACGAAAAUAUUGAUUUUUCCUCUCGAGGGCUGAAGCGGCUUUCCAAUGCCACUAUCCGACCUCUCGCUACCUUUGCACGCGUUCCGCCGGUCAUAGAAGGCGUUUACACUCGGCUAGAGCCAAAAUUGAAGGUCUUUCUAGCAUCGAAUGAUCUCACAUCACUUCCUGGAGAGAUUUUCAAGCUUGACCAUCUAAUUGUGUUAAGCUUACGUGGGAAUCAGUUUGAAGAGCUUCCUCCUGGAAUUGGGAAGCUUUCCAGUUUAAAGGAGCUAAAUCUGUCACAGAAUAGUCUUCGUUGUCUGCCAUUCGAGAUACUUGAACUCUUUUCCGAUACCAGCCGUCUUAACAGUCUCAAUCUACACCCGAAUCCUUUCUACCAGCCAGAAGUUCCACCGAAUCCCGAGGAUGACAGACAAGAGGAGGAAUCCCAAUACAAGAUAGGACUUGGGAAUCGUGGGCGGACAAGGCCUCGGCGUGGGGCUGUAUGCGGUGUCUCACCCGUGCAGAGACGACGAUCUUGGCAUUCGCAAUGGAGUGUGACAUACCAAGUUAGGACAGAAGUCAGAUAUCUCGACAUCAAUGGGACACGGCUGAAGGGUCCCGACUUUUCCAAAGACACUGCCCGUAUACCUGUGGCAGAUGUUAAUGAUACUCCCCAAGCCCCUACGUCUCGAGGCGACUAUAAGUCUCGUGCUCCGUCUCUGUUGGAAGUAGCUUUGAACGCCUGUUCUCGCACAUCCCAGCUCCCACUCCUUCCGUCAUACCUCCCAGAGGAUAGUCCGCCAGUCCUGAUCGACCUUUUGACCUUUGCUGUAAGCAAGAAGGAUUCCGGAGGAAGCAAAUGUACGACGUGUGGCCGAAAUUUCAUCGUUCCAAGAACGGAAUGGAUCGAAUGGUGGGAGAUUGCCAAGGUGCUUGACCGUAAUGGGAUGGCGAGUGCAGCAAGCCCUUUGAGACAGAUGGAGAACGAGAGGGACGUCUUGGAAAGUAUGGUCCCUCUUAUGCGUCGAGGCUGCAGCUGGUUAUGUGUUCCAGAACCAGUGACCGUUGUGAACGGCAGCGCAGCAGCUGAUGAGACAGAGCUUGCCGAUUAA